GUUUGUUGUCACUACGUGGAUGGAAGAUAGAGAUCUGCGAUGGCGGCACAAUGAAAGUGGUAUUUAUCACAAAGCAAGGAUGGCUGAUCCUCUUGGUAGCGUGUGUUUUUAUCAUUGGGAACUGCCUUCUACUCUAUCGUUUCUUAAACAAGGCUUCUAUCGCAGAAAAUGAAAAAUUGAGACAACUUGCUGAGAGAUACUUUGAAAAUGAUUAUGUCAGAGGAGGCAGGCUCAGUGAGUUGGCUGCAGCAGUUAGAGUAUUAAAAAAGAGGCCUACAAAACCAAGAACGAGAUUGAAUGAAUCCGAAACCCCUCUACAUGAUUCUACCUUACCUUUAGACGAGAAAAAAAGACUUGUUUUGAUCAAAGAUGCUCAAGAAAGAACCAAGAAGAGUGCAAUCAAAUUUAAAGUUACAGCACGGACAUCGAAGGAAAAACAAUCAGUUACGACUGUUAUAUCAAGUUCAGCAGCAAACGAUUUCGUUGCUGCAAUAGUUGUCAUAGCAUGUAAUAGACCAACGGUGAAGCGUUGCUUAGAUCUGCUGUUGAAAUAUCGUCCAUCGGCCAAGCAGUUUCCCAUCAUAGUAAGCCAAGAUUGUGGACAUCAAGAAACUGCUGAUGUCAUAGCAUCAUAUAAAGAUCAAGUUAGACAUGUUAAACAGCCAGACCUUUCAAAUGUCCAAGGUGUCCCUGGCAACAUGUUGUCUAUGAUGGGGUACUACAAGAUUAGCCGGCAUUACAAGUGGGCCCUAGGUCAGGCUUUCGAUCAUCUGAGUUAUGAUACAGUCAUCAUAGUUGAAGAUGAUUUGGAUAUUGGUAAGUUCCGUAAGCAUCAUUUUGUUUGCCUGCAAUGCAGGCGUAUCUUUUGGUUAAGGGAAAGCCCCUAAUGGCAAAGCUGCUAUCUUUGAUUUUUUGACAAAGGAAGAUUGGGGAGAGUAGAAAUAGCAACCCUUGGGUGGUCGCUAGGGUGAAAAGGAGGAGAGAGGGAAAGGGGAGGGAGUCCCUUCCCCCCCUUUCCCUUUGCCUCACCCAAACUUCUCCAAUUUUACAAUUUAAUGUACCAGUUUCAUCAUGGUGAUUAGGCGAGAAAAACACUCGUGCACCCAGUGAAAAUACCAGGCGGCGGUUGUUCAAAUGCUGGAUAGCACUUUCCACUGGAUAAAUCACUAUCCAGUGCAUGAGUAUCAGGAAAAGGAUUGCACUACCCGUGACAAUACAAAAAACAGCUGUGUAACAGACUAUGUUAGUGGGUCCAGCUAGUGAAAUUCCGUACUUCUUAGUUAAUAGGCCUGGCCCCAGUUGUUUUAAAGGUGGAAAACGCUACCCAACAUAUAAAUCUCUUUCUACAUGAUAGUGAUUUAUCCAGAGGAUAGCGCUAUCCAACUUUUGAACAAUCAUGGCUCACCACGUAAGAAAUUGAACUGGUGUUACUUGAAAUGUAAAAUAAGGUAUUUUGCCUCCAAUAGCACCAGACUUCUAUGAAUACUUCACUGCAACAAAACCCUUGCUGGACAAGGACCCAUCACUGUGGUGCAUCUCAGCAUGGAAUGACAAUGGAAAAGAGGGAAUGGUACAGAGAAACGACGCCCUCUACAGAACAGACUUCUUUCCCGGACUUGGAUGGAUGCUGAGAAAAUCACUUUGGGAUGAGCUUAAACCAAAAUGGCCACUAGGUUUUUGGGACGAUUGGAUGAGAGAGCCAACCCAGCGUAAAAACAGGGCGUGCAUACGACCAGAAAUCCCAAGGACAAAAACGUUUGGGAGAGUUGGAGUAAGCCGUGGACAGUUUUUUGAUCAACAUUUAAGAUUUAUUAAACUAAAUGACCAAGUGCAUCCAUUUACUAAAACAGAUCUUUCUUAUUUAUUAAAAGACAAUUACGAUGAAAAGUUUGUCAAACGUAUACACACGUUGCCUCUUGUUACUGUGGAUCAGUUGGUCAAGAAGAACGUGUUUGUUCCCGAAGUGCAGGUUCACUACUCAUCCGAGCAGGACUUUCAAUUUGUAGCAAAACAACUUGGUGCAAUGACAGACUUUAAAGCAGGCAUACCAAGGAUGGCAUACCAAGGAAUAGUUUCAAUAAUAUUUUCUGGUGUCACAGUUCACUUAGUACCAUCCAAUUAACUUUGUAGUACUGUAAAUUUCUGAUUAUAAGUCCCCCCUACUUAUACGCCCC